GUUCCUGCUUUAAAUCCGUGCACCAUGAGCAGCAGGGGAACCGUAGCACUGGGGAAGGGAGGGGAAAGCAUGGGAGCAUUCUCUGUCACUGUGAGGAAAUGAUGCAAAAGGAAGAAUAUUUAUUUUGUACAUAGCAUGUUGGAGAUCUCAUUAUAGAAAGUUUAAGACAUGUAGCAUUACCCACAUGCCUAGUGUUGAGAACUGUAGCUUUUCUUUCUCUAAACAAGUAUCUCAAGAAUUGAAUCAAUACCUUCAGGUUUGACUAUGAAAUUGUCUAGAAGUAAAGUACAAUGAUUUAUCACAUUUGUUUUUAGCUGUAGAAAAUACAAAGCCACCAUUUCUUUUCUAUUCAUUGCAUUCAUUUUCUUCUAGGAUGUAGCAGUUCUGUGUAUUGCCUAAAUACCAGACCAUUUCAGAUGAUCAGUGUCUUAGUUUGAUCUUGAAAGGCUUAGUAUGUAAUAAGAAGCACCAAAUUGUAGUGUAUCUCUAAUAUGCUUGUCUAAUUCAGUGCUGUGUAACUUGAAAACCCCUUCUUAGCUUUUUCUACUUUUGUCACUAAUUAACAUUUAGGUGUUUUGUGAUAAUUUCUCAAGUUCUUCUGCAAUAUGAAGUUCAUGUCUACUUAGAGAAAAUAAUCGCCAAUUUACUUAUACAGUGCAUAUAAAUUAACCAACUCUUUUGUUCUGUCUAUACUUAUAUGCAGUCAAGAAACCAAUUUAUUCAUGUUUUUCCCUGUAAGGCACCAUAGCUUGUAAGCAAGGAGAAAAAUAUUUUCAGCUGUGCAUAUGAUAUCAAGACCUCCAAGAAAAUUCUGUUUUUAAUAGGGUUAUUGCAUUUUGACACAUACAGUGUGAAACUGAGAGAAGUAUAAAGUAGUUUAGAUGCAAAGUUAUCAGCUUAGAGUACUUUAAUAAGGGAUGCUGAAACAUGUAUGGAAAUUUCUGCUGGGGUUUGUAUGUUUAUCAUGUUUUAAAAAGUGGGAAUAAUAAAGAAUAUUUGUUCUAGAUCUCAGAAGCAGAACCAUCUGCAGCAAUGACUUCCUGAAAAACUUGUCUUUUGUUUUAGUGGGUGUGAGACCAUGAUCUCUAUAGAAUCAUAGAAUGGUUAGGGUUGCAAAGGACCUUAAGAUCAUCUAAUUCCAACCCCCCUGCCAUGGGCAGGGAUGCCUCACCCUAGACCAUGUCUAUAUGUUGUUUUGUCCUGCUGUGUCUUGCCUGCUUCUUUAUCUGUGGAAUUUUUGUGUUAUACGUAUGUGUCAAAACACAUUAUGAGAAUGAAUUGAUAUCUUGUUUGUUCAGACAGAUGGAAAUAAUAAAUUUUGUCAGAAAAUAUUUAUUCCCCUAAUAUUUUGACAAUAUAAAUACAGGUUUUGUAUCUAAAAUAUAAUAGCUAAAUUAACAUUUUUUUGGUUGAAUUAAAGGGCUCCUUCCUGUUAUAUCUAGUUUCUUUUAAGUGUUAUGGGGGAAAAAAUGUUAUGAAUUACUGUUUGAUAUUAGCCUUGUGUGUUGCAGUUGCUGCAGUAAGGAGAAGAUGUCCUUAUUUGAUCAGAUCAAGUUAUGUGUAUGUGUAGGAGAAGGAGAGAGUGGUCUAAUGUGUGACUUGCAGCUAGGACUAGAUACACUGAUUGAACAAAUUGUGUUUCUUUACAUUAUACUUCUGGUAAAUCCUGACAUUGUUAAUCAGUGUCUUUUGCAGUCUGAAGAAAUAGAAUGUUCCUCAAAGCAAGUAAUGCUGUAGGAAGCUACUUGUUCAGGACACUAGUAUGGGGUUUCCCACCCAAACCUAGCUGAUGGGUUAAGAGGUAACGAGGUCAAUGCAGUUCUAAGUCUGUCACAGAAGAAAGGAAGAUGAUGGUGAUGGGAUUGAAUAACAAGGUAUAUAUUCGUAGUACAUUUAAAAAAAGAAGUCACAUGUCUUUAUAUAAACACACACAUAUAUUUAUACACGUGUAGAUAAGCCCCUAGGAUAACUGUGACCACUGUAUGGAUAUCUGUCUUCAACCUGUAAAGAUGAUUAUGAGAUGUCAAGCCCUGUCCAGUUAAGAGCUGUUUUUGGCAAAGGGGAAGGGCUUAAACAUAUUUAUGCCCUUUUCUAGAAGCUCCAGUUCUCCAGCCUGGCCCUGAAUGUCUUCUGCUGCAAACUGACCCUUUCUCACUGCUAAGGCUCUGUUCGCCUUCCUACAAAUGCCUUCAGGAAAGCACUGUUGGCUCUUAAGCUGCACCUUCGGUUUGCUAUAUUAAGAAGAGACACUACAACUAAUUUGGCAGACUGGAUCUGUCAAGACAUUUGAAGAUAUUUGAUCUGCUGACAUAAGGAUUUGCUUUUUCAAGGAAGGAGCCUCUGCACUUCUUUUAGAAUUGUUGUUGAUCGGUGGUUUGCUCCACUUUUCCUGAUAUUACUAAUGGGAAAAUUGUAUUAAGUUAUUGCUUCUGAAACUAUUAUUUACAUUGACAAAAAUAACUUUGUAGACUUAACAGCAAGUGAUGACAAUAUGAAGAAAUUGUAGGUGGUGACUUCUCUGCUCCAACAUCACUUUUCUGUGCACAGAAUGGAAUACUAAACAAGAGACAGUGCAUUAUUAAGAUACUUUGGCUUGCUUUUUGACUACAGUUUAUAACUGCAACAGGGCUGCACUGAACAUUGAAAAUAUGAAGUCAGCAAAUCUGCUGCCUUUCUCACUGCUGAUAGAGAUUAUACAGAUGCUUGCCUUUUUGAAAUGCCUUUUGUGAAACUGAUGUACACAGCCCUCCACUGUUACUGUACAUAACUAUAUAGUUGAGGAAGGAAUUUGACAAGUGGUUGUUAAUUUAAGAAAUUUUUGGACAAGCACUCACUUAUGUAUUGCUGUAGUACACAAGAAAGCAAAAUGGACUAUAAGCGGCGCUUCUUGCUUGUCGGGUCCAAGCAAAAAGUACAGCAACAGCAGCAGUAUCAAAUGCCUGAGCUAGGCAGGACCCUGAGUGCACCACUGGCAUCUACAUCCCCAGCAUCCCCUUUGGUGUCCUCAGCUGCUGCAGGCAGCUGCAGCCACACUGUGUCCCAUAUGACUCCGAUUGCAGACAUCCAGCAGGGAAUCUCCAAAUAUCUGGAUGCACUCAAUGUGUUUUGCCACACAAGCACUUUCCUCACAGACCUUUUCAGCAGUGUAUUUAAGAACUCACAGUAUUCUAAGGCAGCUAUGAAACUGAAAGAUGUGCAGGAACAUGUCAUGGAAGCAGCGAGUCAACUCACGGCAACAAUAAAACCAGAAAUAGCAAAAAUGCUGAUGGAACUGAGUGCAGGAGCUGCAAACUUUAAAGAUCAGAAAGAGUUCAGCCUACAGGACAUUGAGGUACUUGGGCGAUGUUUCUUGACGGUGAUGCAGGUCCACUUUCAAUUCCUGUCACAAGCUGUGCAGAAAGUCCAGCCAGUGGCACACUCUUGCUUUGCUGAAGCUGUAGCCCAGGAGAAAAAGAAUGUUAGUGGAGCCAGAACCUCAAGUUUAAGCCCCACAAAUGAGCUAGAAGAUGCAAUAAGAUCAUGGAGAGGAGCAGCAGAGGCAACAUCUCAAUUACGAGAAAGAGGCUGUGAUGGAUGUUUGGCAGGAAUUGAAGUUCAGCAACUUUUCUGCUCACAGAGUGUGGCAGUCCCUGAACAUCAGCUCAAAUUGCUAAACAUGAAAAUUGACAGUGCUUUGCAGGCUUACAAAGUGGCUUUGGAGAGUUUAGGCCAUUGUGAAUAUGCGCUGAAGGCUGGCUUCCACUUGAACCCAAAAGCUAUUGAAGCAAGCCUUCAGGGUUGUUGCAGUGAAGCUGAAGCCCAGCAAACAGGAAGGAGACAGACGACUCCUCAGCCCAUUCAGUCUGAACUGCCCACUGUUCCUGUUCAAAUAGGAUCACAUUUUCUGAAAGGAAUAUCCUUUAAUGAGUCUGCAGCAGAAAACCUAAAGCUGAAAAUGCACACGAUGCUGCAGUUGAUUAAGGAAGCCGGAUGCCAUAAUGGACUUACACCAUGGGAUGAUUCUCCUGUUACUGAAGUACUAAAUCAGGUUUGCCCUUCCACUUGGCGAGGAGCCUGCAAAACUGCUGUACAAUUGUUGUUUGGCCAAGCUGGACUGGUGGUUGUGGACACAGCACAGAUUGAAAAUAAAGAAACUUAUGCUCCUCAGAUAAGUUUAGAAGGAUCCAGAAUUGUGGUGCAAGUUCCAUCAACUUGGUGUCUGAAAGAAGAUCCAGCAACAAUGUCUCUGCUACAGAGGAGUCUGGAUCCAGAGAAGACUUUGGGGCUAGUAGAUGUGCUCUACACUGCUGUGUUCGACAUACACAGGUGGAAGGAAGGAAGGGAGCAAGCUUUGCCUUGUAUUCAGAUCCAGUUACAGCGUGAAAUCUUAGGCUUUGGGAAUCAAGUUGACACGCCUUCUGGAAAUGGAAGCAAAUCUUCAGGUGGUCUGCAAAAGACGUUCUCAAAACUGACUUCACGGUUUACAAAAAAAACUUCCUGCACCAGUACAAGUAAUACUGGAAGUUACUCAAUCCCCAGUACACCUUCCAAAAAUGUCUUCAUAAGUUUCAACAUGGAGGAGAAAGCUAAAAUGCUCACUAACAUAGACGCACGGUUACAAAGCAUCUUGAAUAUUGGUAAUUUCCCUAGGACUGCAGAUCCACUGCAGUCAGUUCAGAACACAAAUAACCAGCUAGUGAAUGGGUGUCUAGUUCAAAGACAGGACAACUUCUUCAAACUGGAUAACAGCAAGGAUGACAAAGUUAUGAAUUUACCAACUGACCAAGAAAUGCAGGAUGUUAUAGAUUUCUUGUCUGGUUUUAACAUGGGCAAAUCCCAGCAGACUUCUCCAAUGGUGAAAAGAAGGAACUCUGCAUCCUCUACAGCAACAGAACAAAAAUCAGGAACAGUACAACAGCAACCGCAGUCUGUUUCUCACGCACCACUGCAUCCUUCCCAGCAAGGCUUGUCACAGCAACAACAAUCACAAAAGCAGCAGCAGCAAAUGCAGUAUUACCAACACUUGCUUCAACCUAUUGGACCACAGCAACAUGUACCUGCCAAAUGGCUAACUAAUUCCUUGCAGCAGCCAGCCCAAGCUGUUGGAGCUGGACUGCCUCAUAUACACCAGUGGAACAAUCCUGGUUUUUCAGAUUUAAGCUCUGAUUUGUACAGCUUGGGUCUUGUGAGCAGCUAUAUGGACAAUAUGAUGUCAGAGAUGUUAGGACAGAAACCACAAGGACCUAGAAAUAACACAUGGCCAAAUCGUGACCAAACUGAUGGAGUGUUUGGGAUGUUGGGAGAAAUCCUGCCUUUUGACACUGCAGUUGGCUCUGACCCAGAAUUUGCCAGCUAUGUUGCUGGGGUCAACCAGGCUAUGCAACAGAAAAGGCAAGCACAGCAUGCCCAUCGCCCAAGCAACACACAUAACAACUGGCCUUUCCUUGAUGAUCCUCAUAAAACCUGCCCCUUUCCAGAGCAUUUCACAGAAGGUGAUGUGACAAAUAGCUGGUCUGGUACUCAAGGAGACUCUGCCAGCUCAAGCGAUGAGGCCUCCUCAGCUAAUGGAGACAGUUUAUUCUCCAUGUUCUCAGGACCAGACCUUGUUGCUGCUGUGAAGCAGAGAAGAAAACACAGUAGUGGCGAGCAGGUACCUAGUGCACUACCAUCACCAACUCUUCUUUCUGCAGCAGAUGACCGUAAUGAGGAUAAGAAGACCAAGACCUGGCCUCCCAAGGCACCCUGGCAACAUCCAUCCUCUGUCAUGAGCACCCUACCCAGUCAGAAUACACCUUUGUAUCCCAUGAGCAGCCCUAUCAGCCAGUGGAGCGAUACCAUGCAGAUCCUGCAGUCACCCAUGUGGGCAGCAGCCAAUGACUGUGCUCCAGCAGCAGGGCUUUCCUCUAACUUUGCUUAUGUGCCGAAGCAAUCACAGCAGGCUUCCCAGCAAAAACAGAUGAAUAAGGACUUUAAAACUUUCCCAGGGAAGCAUGAAUGCAGACCAUCUUACCUGCAUCAGUACUGACUACUUCUCAUGUUGGGAAAUGGGGCCAAAAACAUAAAUUACCUGUACUUUGUUUCACAAUUGUGUAUUGGUUAUAUCCUGUUUAUCUCAUUAAAUAUGGAACUGAGGGGGUUUGGGUGAGAUAUGCAAAGUCUUGAAUUCUGAUUUACAGUGCUGAGCAAAUAUGACCAAUAUGUUUGUUUGGUAUACAGGAAGCAGCCCAAAACUGUAAUGUAGAAAUGCUUUUAAAAACAUGUAUAUUGCCUUUACUUUCAAAAGUUGGUGGUUUGUUUGUUUGUUUGUUUGGUUGGUUG